AUGUCGUCCAACGAGCAGCACGCCAAGAUGGACAAAUCCACGCAGACCGACGACGAAAAGGACACCGGGCUUGCUGGGCUGUGCGCCAGAUGCGAGAACUUGGUGCUCGAGGGGAACUGCGCACUGCGCAAAGAGCCCGCCCCCUCUUCGCGACCCUCUUCUAUUGGCCCUCCCUCUGCCAAGCGGCAGAGGACCACUCCGGCCAGGGACGUGUGGGCGCUCGAUGGCCCCAUACCCGUGACCGGCAACGUGCGGCCGGACACGCCACCACCGUUCUUUGAGAAGGCGCCAAAGCGCGAGCCUCAAGCGCUCACGCUGGAGAGGCUCGAGGCGCUCAAAGACACGGUGGUGAAGCUCCCGAAGCCCAAAAACUUCGUGGAGAAGCCGCCCUCGGCCCUGGCGCGGGCUUUGACCAAUUGCCACGAUUUGCGACAAGGCGACGACAACGAGCAGUAG